CUGUCCUCUCGUUUUCGCUUGCUUUGGGCCUCACAAUAUCUCUCUUGCUCUCACGUUACCCUCACAGACUAUCUCUAGCAGCAGCGGCGGCGACUUCCUCAUCGGUUCUCCCUCUGGCAUCCAGAUGACUGCUGAAGGGUUGGCCAUUGAUAAAAUGAGUUUUUGGAAAUAUACACGCAAUCAAACUGGCCUUGAUGUUAGGCCGAUCAUGGUAUGUUGCUUGAAGAUUACUACACUACUGAAGAUACUCGAGAUAGUGUUUUCCACAAGGUGGUCGGUGAAAACGGGCAUGGAUAUUGUUGUACUUACGGCAAGGAUGUUCUUUGGAGCACGGUGUAUAGAGAUGCAUCUAAAGUCAUCAUAGGUAGGAUCUCAGUCAUCGACUGUUGCUAAGAUCAGCAAGCAAGUUAGUACGGAGUUGAGACAAGAGCUGAGGGAUGAGAUUAGAGAGGAAUUAAGAGAGGAGAUACAAGCAAAGCUUUCAACACAGAUACGACAAAUGAAAGUUGAAAUGUUGGCUAUUUUGUCCCAAGAAGGGAGUACAAAUCACAACAAACAGGUACCGGAUGCAUUGAGUGGCCACCGUGAACCUACGGAUUAUGAGGCCGAUGAAAACCCAUGUAUACCACCACCAGAUGAUGAGGUACAGGAGCAAUUUGAACUUCUCAAGAAGUGCAAAGAUACUGGACUCUUUACCGAGCAAGCAGCAAGAAGAAGAAGAAAGCAAGCGUCAACGUAGAGAGAGAAAGAAAGAAAAGAAAGAGAAGGCAGCAGAGGAGGAAGCUGAGGUAGAUGUCGAUGUUGCAGCAAUGAUGGGAUUUGGGGGUUUUGGUUCAUCCAAAAAGUGAUCUUAAGAUGCUUAUCCCUAGUCUGGACCUCCUGAAUUCUACUAGAAAGGGCAACUUUUCAAGUUUUUGGCUUUCCUUUCAGAAUGUAACAAAUAGUAACGAAAGUGUUCACAUGGUUGUCCUUCUAAGGUUAACUGUUGAGGCUGAAUAUCAUUUCCAAUUUUGUACAUUUCAUCUUACUGGAUAUGUUGCCAAAAAUAUAGAUGAGCGAUAAUGCGCUUCUUCUCGAUUGAAGUGAUAUUGUUUUGGAAAACACUUUUAUCAUUCAACUGUUUUGCAGUAUGGUUAAGCAUGCGUGUUAUAACAUUUGAAUCUAAAGACUCAGAUAAAAAUUGUUGCCAAAGCUGGUAAUAGCAUUUUGCAUUUUGGAUAUUUGUUUUUGUUUUUGGUUAGAUGAAGCAGCGAUUAUGGUUAGGGAAGAGGGGGUAAAUAGAGACUUGAGCAAAUUGAGAUUGGAGGCCUCAAUGAGCCCUGAGGUAAACAUUCCAGCUGAGUUCUACUGUCAGACAUUAAAAUAUUUGUCUUAAUUCAAGACAGGAAGGCAGUAGCCCUUAAAACAAAUUCAAUCUUAUCUAUGAUAAUGUUUAAAUUUUU